UUGCUGCUGUAACUGCUGUGACAGUUGCUGCUGUAACUGCUGCUGUAACUGCUGCUGCUGCUGCUGCGUUGUUUGUUUGUGCCUGCGAGUGCCUUCGCCCUCCCCCUACUUUUAGAUGCCUUUUAUGUCCUACUCACGCGACACCCUUUCCUUUUUGACUCCCCCAUAGCAACCUCUCCCUCAUUAUCUCUCACCUUGCCCACUGCACAGCAGCCCUCGAGCACUCUUGAGUUCUCUCUGUCCCUGCUCUUUCAUAUCAUCUCCGUAUCCCCCAUUCAUCAUCGACAUCUUUUCUUCUUUUUCUUCUCUUUUUUUUUUUUUGUUCUUGCCCGCUUCAGCAGUUUGUUCCUCACACUUUCAUUCUUUUUUCUUUGGGAGCAUCCAGCCAGCCUUGCCCUUCAAACCAUGAAAUUUGCAAAAUACCUCCAGGAUGAGGUCGUACCAGAAUGGAGAAAGGCCUAUAUCAACUACAAGCAGGGCAAAAAACUCCUCAAGGCUAUCGAGCACGCCCUCGACCAGCUCGAGGCAGAGGCAUUUAUCCAAGCAGAAAAUAGCAAACUUCCAGCGUACCUGCUCGACGCAGCGGACUUGGGCGGACGUGUGAUGUCCUCAUCAGAUCACUCCCCUACUAUCCAAUAUAACCCUCAGCUGUCCUCCUUCUCAUCACCCUCCGGUACAACACCACAGACAAUUAACUCCAGCGAAAACAGCCCGAACGCCACUACAACUACGAGCGCAGCAACACCCAUUCUCUCCAGGAACCGAGGUCAUGCCAGGAACUACUCAACCAUCCAAAUUUCUCCUCCUCCGCCCCCUGCUUCAGCUCCCGUGGACAAUGAUCGAUCGGGACACGGGGGAUCGACUCUCUGCGAGCAUAGCGAGACCACAUCCUCGUCAGGAACAACCCCCGGCCAUCCUUUGAAGACAUCCAAGACGGACUCGAAUGUAUCGCAGUUCAGUCAAGCGGCUAGAUCCCAGGGCGCGCAUCUUCUGAAGCACAUCUCAAGACGAUUCACGAUCAUUGCCCCUGUUGAGGCGCCAGUUCGAACUCGAACGAUCCAAGUGGACGAGAAUGACUUUGACAGUGUCCUUGAACAACUACUGCCAGAGGAGAAGAUCUUUUUCCAGUUCCUUGACUCUCAGCUUGAGAUGGUCAACAAAUUUUACCGAGAAAAGGAGUUGGAGGCAGUAACCAAGCUGAGAGUCGUCAAGCAACAGCUCUAUGUCGCCAACGAGUGGAAGCGGCGGUAUGACGAAAAGAUGGUAAGAAGAAAAUAAGCAUACGAAACAUACACGAUAACCACAAAGAUUAUGCUAACAAAUUGCUAUCUCAACA